GCACCACAGGCCGCGCAUACCUCACCCACCUCAGCUCCAACCGCGCCGCAGGAGAUCACCUCACCCAUACGGGAUGAGGCGCAUACCUAGGUCUACAUACCUCUAGAGGUCCCGUCUAAGUCUAGGGCUCAACUUGGAGAGAGACGCGCAAUCAUGCGCCGCUAGGGUACUAUAGUCAUCUGCGCAGCCUCUCACGUUUACGAAUCACUUGUUUUGUUGUUCUUCACACUCCAUCGGGCUGGCCUGGUGUGAUUUAACCAUCUCUCAAACUCUUCUUUUCCUUUUUAUGACUUUGCGACUUCAAGUCGACUAACUGACUGAACAAUCUCGGCACUCGCUCACUCCACCAGCUACCUAGUCUUCACUUCUCAGGUCGAACAUGGCACCAACAAGUGGAAGCCCAUCCUACCACGCCCUGGUUCCUUCCCUAGAUGUAUCCAAACGCGCCGCCCUCCUCGUCUCUACCACCACCACUCUCCUAACAACAACAACAACCCGCCGGGACCUCUCCCUCCAAUCCGACACCCAAAAAAUCACCCUCGGCAUCAUCUUCGCCUACAUGCUCGCCAUCUUUAUCCUGUGGAACGUGCCCUACAUCCGCUCCAUCCUCUGGCCCUUCAAGAUGCUCGUCAUCGCCUUCCACGAGUUCGGCCACGCCAUCACCUGCGUGCUCACGGGCGGCCGCGUCCUCUCCAUCAGCCUGGACCCGCGCGAGGGCGGGGUGACGCACAUGCAAGGUGGCCGGAGCGGACUAACCUUGCCGGCGGGGUACUUGGGGAGUUCACUGAUCGGGGCGCUGUUGACGUUUUGCGGAUUCGAUAUUGUCGCAAGCAAAGUGGCUAGUUUUGUGGUGGGCGGGUGUUUCUUGCUGACGUUGUGGUGGGGGAGGAGGGAUUGGUUGACGAUCGGCACGAUCCUGGCAGCCGUUGGGCUGUUGGUCGGGUGUUGGUUUAUUGCGCACGCGGAGGCGUUGAGGUAUGUGGUGCUGUUUAUUGGGGUCAUGAGUUCGUUGUAUAGUGUUUGGGAUAUUUGCGAUGAUUUGAUCUUGCGCAAAGUCAACAGCUCGGAUGCCAGUGUCUUUGCAAAAAGAUAUGGAGGUUCUUCGCAGUGCUGGGGAGUCAUCUGGUCUAUCAUCUCGUUGGGCUUCAUGGCCUGUGGCAUCAUUGCCGGUAUUGCUGCAUUUCCGCAAACGAGAGCGCAGCAGCAGGAAGAUUCGCAGCAUUUCAUUCCAACCAAGUUCUGAGGAUGGAUUCUGAGGAUUCGACAUGUUCGAGGAAGGAAGCAUGUGUUGGUAGCACAAUUGGCGUUGGAUCAUUGAAAGUCAUCAUAUUGUGGAGACAUGGACCAAGAAAGAGCCUGGAUAGGCAAGGCACGGUUGAAGACGUGAAGUUGGUGAUACCCGUUGGCUUUUGUUUAGGAUCGUUUGGACGGAGGGCUAAACAACACAGCAAACAUUGUUCGUUUCGUGCAUAGAAACGGGCGAUGUUGAUAUACUACUACGUCUUUAUGGUCUUGACCCUCGUUUUACCAGACACGAAUCAUUCUCUUUAAACGUGAUAUUGAGCGCAAUCCCUAUUUGAAACCCAUUGAUACAUCUACAUAUACCUUAUGUAAGAUCCAAAUUAAUCUCCACGA